CACAACUUCUCAACACCAACUUGUCUCACACAACAACCUUCAACGACUCGCCCUUCCUUACACUCGACGCAUAACUUCGAGUACUCUGCCUCUUCCACACCACACACUCGAACACCACCAUCAUCAUGUUCAAGUCCAGCCUGCUCCGUCAGGCAUCGCGAGCUACCAGCUCCGCCGCCGUCCGCCAACCCUCCACCGCCUUCAUCACACGCACUGCCACACGCGGUCUGCGCACCACACCCGCCGUCCGCGAGAAAGAUGACAAGAGCGCCCUCGACAACCUCGACGAGUACUCGACCGCCGGCAAGCCCGGAGCUUUCGAACACGAAGGACAAUUCUCGCGCACAGACAACACAAUUCGCAUGGAGCACCCAGAGGAGGCCGACAUGCCGAGCUCAGCGCCCGUGCAGGGUCGUGGUGGCUUCCAUUUCCGCCGCACUCUUGCUACCUUCAGCUUGGAGGGUCGCGUCGGUGUGGUCACCGGUGGUGCUCGUGGACUCGGUCUGGUCAUGAGCCAGGCUUUGGUGAUCAGUGGUGCCGACGUGGCCAUUGUCGAUCUCAACAAGGAUGAGGGUCAGAGGCAGGCCGAACUCCUGAUGGAGACCUUCCGCAAGGAGAACCCGGGUUCCGUGAACGUGCCAAAGGUGACCGCCCACUACUGCGACGUGUCUUCGCCAGACUCCGUCAACCACGCCAUGGCCGAGAUUCUCAAGGAUCACGGUAAAGUCGACCACCUCGUCACUUCCGCUGGCUUCACCGAGAACUUCGACGCUAUCGAGUACCCACACGACCGCAUGCAGAAGCUUUGGGGCGUCAACGUCGAUGGCACAUACAUCUGGUCUUGCACCGUGGCCAAGCACCUCAUGGAGCGCAAGGCUUCCGGCAGCGUGGUGAUGAUUGGCAGCAUGUCUGGCGCCAUCGUCAACGUCCCUCAGCCACAGGCUCCCUACAACGCGGCCAAGGCUGCUGUCCGCCAUCUCGCCAGCUCGCUCGCAGUCGAGUGGGCUCACGCCGGCAUUCGUGUCAACUGCAUCUCUCCUGGCUACAUGCUCACUGCACUCACCAAGAAGAUCCUCGACGACAACCCCGAGCUCGCCAACAAGUGGACCAGCCUCAUCCCACAGGGCAAGAUGGGUCGCCCAGAAGACCUGAUGGGCGCCGUGACCUUCCUCCUCAGCGACGCCGCCGGAUACGUGACCGGCGCCGAUCUCCGUGUUGACGGUGGAUACACCGUCACCUAGAUCAUUCGGGCCAUUGAGUGGAAAGAUUUGCAUGCGACACGAUACAGGCUAGAAGGAUUGGAAGCGAACGAUAGCCUUCGGAGAAAACGCUCUGCACAGAGCGGGAUAGAGGCGAAUUUGAUGACAAAAAGAUCAUUGGCGUAACAGGCGCAAAGGG